UCUCCCGGCGGCUACAUCACCCACGCAUGCGCAAAGACAGCAGCCUUAGCCGCUGCAUUUCCUGCUCGAAGCGAUGGCAGAAGUGAAAGCCUCUCUGUUUUGUGGAGUCGUAGCUGCUUUAUUAUGUUCAACGGCGCUGGCGUUUGUUGAAGAUCUAGAUGAAACAUUCAAAGACACUAGAGUGAAUGACAUCUGGCUGGUUGAUUUCUACGCUCCGUGGUGCGGUUAUUGUAAAAAACUAGAGCCAAUCUGGUUUGACGUGGGAGCGGAGCUGAAGAGCUCUGGGUCGCCAGUUCGUGUCGGUAAGAUGGAUGCUACCGCUUACUCAGGAAUGGCGUCAGAGUUUGGUGUCCGCGGUUACCCCACCAUAAAGUUAUUAAAGGGUGACCUCGCCUUCAGCUACAAGGGACCAAGAACAAAAGAUGAUAUCGUGGAGUUUGCCAACAGGGUGGCGGGACCGGCGGUUCGCGCGCUGCCCAGCAAGCAGAUGUUUGAACACAUGAUGAAACGACACGACGUUCUGUUUGUGUACGUCGGUGCAGAUUCUCCACUCAAAGAGAAGUACAACGAUGUAGCAUCGGAGCUGAUUGUUUACACUUACUUCUUCUCUGCCUCAGAGGAGGCCUUACCAGAGUCCGUGUCGUUAUCGGAGCUUCCUACGGUUGUUGUCUUUAAAGAUGGCGGCCAUUUUACCUACGAUGAGUACGAGGAUGGGAGCUUGUCGUCGUGGGUGAACAAAGAGCGUUUCCAGGGAUACCUUCAGAUCGAUGGCUUUACGCUGUACGAGCUCGGGGAAACGGGCAAGCUGGUGGCAAUCGCCGUCAUCCAUGAGAAGGACCCCACAGAGCAGAGUGACAGAUUAAAGACCCUGAUGCAGAGGGUGGCGAAGGAAUACAGAGAACAUUUUAACAGGGACUUCCAGUUUGGCCACAUGGAUGGGAACGACUACAUUAACAGCCUCAUUAUGGGUGAGGUGGCGGUGCCCUCCGUUAUCAUCCUCAACACGUCCAAUGAGCAGUACUUCCUGCCAAGUGAGCCGAUCGAGACCAUGGAGCAGCUGGUCCAAUUCAUCAGCGGCGUUCUGAACGGUUCUGCACAGGCGUAUGGAGGCGAUGGCUUCAUUCAGAGGAUCAAACGCGUGGCGUUUGAUGCCAAAUCCACCAUUAUGUCUGUCUUCCGCAGCUCUCCUCUCCUGGGCUGCUUCCUGUUCGGCCUGCCGCUCGGCGUAAUUAGCCUGAUGUGCUACGGCAUUUGCACAGCCGAGUCUGAUGAUGGUUCCGAAGACAUGGAUGCUCUCAAAAGGGAGGGGCUAACUGACGAGGAAGAAGAGGAGGAGGAGGAGGAAAGGCAACGCGCUGCUGAGCUGGAAGGCCCCGCUGAGGAGGAGGAGGACGUAGGAGAAAAAGCUCCUGAAGAGAAGAAAACUGAUUAACACAGGCGCAGAAGAUGAUUGGCCCAUUGGAACGCAGUGACAUGAAACUCAGACUUAUCUGUGUGAUGCUGUUCUGCUUCUUUGUUUUCCAUCUCCCUUCUCGCUCCAAGCCUCUUCAGCACAAACUGUUUUUCUACCCUACAGUUCCGAGUAUUGAUGUGCGAGAGCGGCUGCUCGAUGGAGCUCCUGAAUCCAAAACAACAGCCUUUUCAAUAAUGGAGUGUAAACAAUAAUCACCAGAAGCAGGGAUGGCUGUGAACACACCUUCUUACAGUUAUUGAUAUGAAAUCACAUGAUGUGCUACGCUUUAUUUAAUGUUACAUUAUUAGUUUUAAAAACCCAAACAGGUCCCUGAUAUAAACUUUUUCUUGCAACCCAAAGCUUUUAUUCUUCCGUCACCCUCAAUAGGAGAAACACUUUCCCUUUAAAAAUCAAAUAAAAUUAUUUAAAUAUUUAGUUUACUUCGUUCCAAUGAUUGAAGCUUACGUGUACAAAAGGAAGUGCCCGAGAAGGAAGAUCCGCCAUAAAUACAAAGCUUUUUUUCUAUCGUGUUUGCCUGAAAACAUUUCUUCUUGUUCUUUAAGGAGUGCUGAAGUGCCGAGACAAGUCCUGCAAUUUGUGUUGUUUUCCUGUCAAUUUUUCCUGAAAGGUGAUAAAAAGAGCUGGAAAUGAAAUUUGUGUUACUCUAUACAAAAAUGUCAGAUUUUUUUUUAUGUUUUUCUCCCAUUUUUGCCUCCUGUCCCCUCUAGAAAUUGCCCAUGCCAGUGAAAUUGUCUCGUGUAGAUGGGUUCUACCUGUCAAGCAGAAGCCAUAACUUGCAUCAGCAGCUCCUAACUGCGUUUUAGCCGUCAGUUAGACAGGAGCUGUCUGUCUGCAUGUUUCGUUUUGUCCUCCGUCACCGGUUACUUUAAAGAAUUUCCCCUGGCAGGUUGGAGCUGCAUCCAAGUGCGGUGAGACGCACACGGUGCUUAAAUAUGGAAGAAGUUUUUUGUUACAUCCCCGUUUGUGUCGGCUAGUCGUAAGAUUAUCUACAUACCCUCUUUGUUGUCUUUAUGACUAAAGAUACAUACUAGAUCAAAUCCAACAGGCUCCAUUUUCUUUUAAAUUCUGACCCUGACAAACCAGCUUUUAGACUCAAAAAUAUGAUUUGCUUUUCAUUUGUUUUCAAAUAAAGAAAACUUGCUUUUUUCAGCACAAACAUUCUCAUUAAAUAUUGAAUAUUUAAGAAAUUCUGCAUCCUUUUCUCACCUGUAGUUGGACGAGCACAACACUUUCUACUUUCAGCCUAGAAAUGGCUUCAGUGUUUCAGAAGGGGUGGGUGGGGGGGUCCGUUAUCUGUACAUUCUACUGUGAAAAUGCUUUCCUCACCUUGCCUUCUAGUCUGUAGUUGCCUAAAUCUCUGCCAAACAUUUUCUUUAGGUUUGAAGUAUGAUUGUCAUGUUUAGUACAAGUUUUGAAAGAUUGAAAUAAAGAUGAUCCCCUCCUUG